UGGCGAGAAAAGGCUAAAAACACUUCUCUUUUUUCGGACAUCAUAGUACCCAGUCCUUGAAAAAAAUUUACAUAACACCUUCUGUUGGCUUCCAUAGUAAGUUGCUGAGUAAGGGGGCUCUCUGAGGGGGAGGGGGCACUCAUUCUUUACGUUUGGUCGUGUAUAAAAGGAAAGGGUUAAACAGGUAGGAAGGCAGUUCAGGAGCAACAGCACAUCUACAGCCAACAUGACCAACACCAGAAUGAACAUGAGGGGCAAGAUUAUCUUCUACGAGGAGAGGAACUUCCAGGGUCGCCACUAUGAGUGCAUGAGCGACUGCUCUGACAUGUCCUCCUACAUGAGCAAGUGCCACUCCUGCAGGGUGGAGAGUGGCUGCUUCAUGGUCUACGACCGCACCAACUACAUGGGAAACCAGUACUUCAUGAGGAGGGGCGAGUAUGCUGACUACAUGAGCAUGAUGGGAAUGAGAAACUGCAUCAGGUCUUGCCGUAUGAUCCCCAUGCACAGAGGUCAGUUCAGGAUGAAGGUCUAUGAGAGGGAGAACUUCGGUGGUCAGAGUUACGAGAUGAUGGACGACUGUGACAACAUCAUGGACCGUUACCGUAUGAACGACUGCCAGUCCUGCCACGUGAUGGACGGCCACUGGCUGAUGUACGAGCAGCCCAACUACAGAGGCAGGAUGAUGUACAUGAGGCCUGGAGAGUACAGGAGCUUCAGGGACAUGGGCAUGAGUGGCAUGAGGUGGAUGAGCAUGAGGCGUAUCACUGAUUCCUACAACUAA